CCGGAGCCAUCUUGCGGCCCUGCGCACUGGCGGGGGCGGGGUUCGCGUCGCCUGGGGGCUCCGGGUGCUUGUGCGGUGGUCGGGACGCGGGCCAGCUGGGCGAUGCCUGGGGGUCGCCAUGGAUCCGCGGCAGGGGUGUUUCUUCAACAGACGCUGCCCCCGCCCCGGUCAAGGAUAUGAGCACAGCAAGGCCAGACAGCAGCAGCCUUGGCAGGAAUCUCACACUAAUAGUUUCCGGCUCCAGCAAAUAGAGUUCCUCCAGGGGCGGCUCUCAGAAGUGCCCCUAACUGGAAAGCAGACACCAUCCCUGCCACCACCAGUAUUCUUCCCAGGACACUGGUCAAGGUUUCCGGGACCACCUGUUGAAACCAGGCAGCCUGAGAUCUGGGGUGCCUGUAGCGGCGUGCGUCUCAGAAGUCAGGGGCUCCAGGUAGUGUCUCAGCUUCCUUUGCCAGCUGGCAGGAGUCUGCCAUGGAGAGGUGUUGACAGGCUUUCCUCACGCUUCCAGGAGCUGAACAUCAGCCAGGAUCAGGAAAAAAGGAUCUUAGAGUUCUUAAAGGAGCUCGGGGAAGGGAAGGACACCACAGCGCGAGAACUGGCCAGGAAGCUCAGGAUUCCGAAGAAAGAAGUCAAUCAAACUUUAUAUUCUCUGGUGAAGAAGGGUAAGCUACAGAGGAGGCCAGGAAUACCUCCUUUGUGGAGCAUCACAGUCUCUGUUCAGGCCUGGAGCCAGCCCAGCGAAGUAGCAAAACCUGACAUUCAUAGGGGAGCCCCAAAUUCAGAGCUCCAUUCAGAAUCUGAAGAAAGUAGCCCCACAUCUGAUUUAGAAGAACCUUCUGAGCCUUUUGACAUGGCUGAGAUCAAGGAGAAAAUCUGUGACUACCUGUUCAAUGUGUCUAACUGCUCUGCCCUGAGUCUGGCUAAAAAUAUUGGCUUCACCAGAGCCCGAGAUGUAAAUGCAGUGCUGAGUGACUUGGAAAAGCAGGGCGAUGUGUACAGGAAAGGGGCAAUUCCCACAUGGUACUUGACAGACAAGAAGCGCGAGAGGAUGCAAAUCAAGAGAAAUACACACAGUGCUCUUGCAGCCACUCCGGGUGCUGUCCCCGAGACCAAUAGAAACACGGCAUUCCCCACCUAUCACCUACCACCGUCAAAUGCCUCAAACAACAUGAUGACCACAGAAAAAGUGGAGAAUGGGCAGGAACCUAUCUUGAAGUUAGAAGGUAGACAGGAGCCCAGACCAGGACCAAUGAAACUGAAACCACCUGUUUAUCACAAUGGCCCCUCUAAAGCAGGGUAUGUUGACUUUGAAAAUGGCCAGUGGGCCACAGAUGACAUCCCAGAUGACUUGAAUAGUAUCCAUGCGGCACCAGGUGAGUUUCGAGCCAUCAUGGAGAUGCCCUCCUUCUACAGCCAUGGCUUGCCACGGUGUUCACCCUACAAGAAACUGACAGAGUGCCAGCUGAAGAACCCCAUCAGCGGGCUGUUAGAGUAUGCUCAGUUCGCUAGUCAGACCUGUGAGUUCAACCUGAUAGAGCAGAGUGGACCACCCCAUGAACCUCGAUUUAAAUUCCAGGUUGUCAUCAGUGGCCGAGAGUUUCCCCCAGCUGAAGCUGGCAGCAAGAAAGUGGCCAAGCAGGAUGCAGCUCUGAAAGCCAUGACAAUCCUGCUUCAGGAGGCCAAAGCCAAGGACAGUGGAAAGCCAGAGGACUUAUCCUGCUAUUCCACAGAGAAAGAACCAGAGAAGAUAGCAGAGCCCCAGCCUACUACCACUUCAACACCAUCCUUAUUUUCUGGAAAGAGCCCUGUCACUACAUUGCUUGAGUGUAUGCACAAAUUGGGGAACUCCUGUGAAUUCCGGCUCCUGUCCAAAGAAGGCCCUGCCCAUGACCCCAAGUUCCAGUACUGUGUGGCUGUGGGAGCCCAAACUUUCCCCACUGUGAGUGCCCCCAGCAAGAAAGUGGCAAAGCAAAUGGCCGCAGAAGAAGCCAUGAAGGCCCUGCACGAGGAGGCAACCAACUCAAUUGAUGACCAGUCUGGAGGUACGAACUCAGAAUCACUGGACAACUUGGACUCUGGGAUGCCCAACAAGAUCAGGAGGAUUGGUGAGCUCGUCAGAUACCUGAAUACCAACCCUGUGGGUGGCUUGUUAGAGUAUGCCCGCUCCCAUGGCUUUGCUGCUGAGUUCAAGUUGGUGGACCAGUCUGGACCUCCUCAUGAACCCAAGUUCAUUUACCAAGCAAAAGUUGGGGGCCGCUGGUUUCCAGCCGUCUGCGCACACAGCAAGAAGCAAGGCAAGCAGGAAGCAGCAGAUGCGGCCCUCCGUGUCUUGAUUGGGGAGAACGAGAAGGCAGAACGCAUGGGUUUCACAGAGGUAACCCCAGUGACAGGGGCCAGUCUCAGAAGAACUAUGCUCCUCCUCUCCAGGUCCCCAGAAGCACAGCCAAAGACACUUCCUCUUACUGGCAGUACCUUCCAUGACCAGAUAGCAAUGCUGAGCCACCGGUGCUUCAAUGCUCUCACAAACAGUUUCCAACCUUCCUUGCUCGGCCGCAAGAUCCUGGCUGCCAUCAUUAUGAAGAAAGACUCUGAGGACAUGGGUGUCGUGGUCAGCUUGGGGACAGGGAAUCGCUGUGUGAAAGGAGAUUCUCUCAGCCUAAAGGGAGAAACCGUCAACGACUGUCAUGCGGAAAUCAUCUCCCGGAGAGGCUUCAUCAGGUUUCUUUACAGUGAGUUAAUGAAAUACAACUCCCAGACUGCAAAGGAUAGUAUAUUUGAGCUUGCUAGGGGAGGAGAGAAGCUCCAAAUAAAAAAGACUGUUUCGUUUCAUCUGUAUAUCAGCACCGCUCCAUGUGGAGAUGGCGCCCUCUUUGACAAGUCCUGCAGUGACCGGGCUGUGGAAAGCACAGAUUCCCGCCACUACCCUGUCUUUGAGAAUCCCAAACAAGGCAAGCUCCGCACCAAGGUGGAGAAUGGGGAAGGCACAAUCCCUGUGGAGUCCAGUGACAUUGUGCCUACAUGGGAUGGCAUUCGGCUCGGGGAGAGACUCCGUACCAUGUCCUGUAGUGACAAAAUCCUACGCUGGAAUGUGCUGGGCCUACAAGGGGCACUGCUGACCCACUUCCUGCAGCCUGUGUAUCUCAAAUCUGUCACACUGGGUUACCUUUUCAGCCAAGGACAUCUGACCCGUGCUAUCUGCUGUCGUGUGACAAGAGAUGGGAGUGCAUUCGAGGAUGGAUUGCGAUACCCCUUCAUUGUCAACCACCCCAAGGUUGGCCGAGUCAGCGUAUAUGAUUCCAAAAGGCAAUCUGGGAAGACUAAGGAGACGAGUGUCAACUGGUGUUUGGCUGAUGGCUAUGACCUAGAGAUCCUGGAUGGUACCAGAGGCACCGUGGACGGGCCACGAAAUGAAUUGUCCCGGGUAUCUAAAAAGAACAUUUUUCUUCAGUUUAAGAAGCUCUGCUCCUUCCGUUACCGCAGGGACUUACUGAAACUCUCCUAUGGUGAGGCCAAGAAAGCUGCCCGAGACUAUGAGAUAACCAAGAACUACUUCAAAAAGAGCCUAAAGGACAUGGGUUAUGGAAACUGGAUAAGCAAACCCCAGGAGGAAAAGAACUUUUAUCUCUGCCCAGUCCCCAAUGACUGAGAGCUUGGGGGUGUUUUCCGCACAGUGAGAGAGGGAGGUCGUAGCAUUUCUCAUCACAUUGACCGAGGGUUUGGGGGAAUUUUUUUAUCCUCCACCUUUAUUUUUUUUUUUAAUGGAACCAUAAUUAGAGUUACUGAGAACUUUGGGUUCCCAUUUAUCCUGCUUUCUUUGGGGUUCCUAGGCAGAGUCUAGCCAGGCCCCUUCUCUUUUUUCAAGUGAAGAGGCAGAGACCUACAGGAAGAGAAAGGGGUUAUCUUUCCACCCAAAGCAUAAGCAGUCACUGAGACCUGCAGCCCAUUUCCUCUUAAGUUUUAUUUUGUUUUUCCAUUUCCUUCUUUGUGUGUGUGUUUGCUACACUGACCUCUUGUGGACUUGAUUAGGUUCCAGUGAGUUCUCUGUGAAUCAUGUCAGGGACUAAGGAUCUCACGUAAGGAUUCCACAGGCCCCUCUACUUCCCCAACCCCCACCCACUACAAAGAUUCUUACCUGUGAUCAUUGAGUUUCUCCUUCCCCAUCCUGGAGGGUAAAGAGGUGAACUUCCAAGAAUUUGGUGAAAUAUUUACAAGGGCAGGAAUUGAAGAUGACAGUUGAUAAACUACAGUGCCAAUGGAAAUGUGAUUGGAAUCUGCAAAUCCUGCUCAGCAAUGGGAACUUGCACUUUAGCCAGCCAGGAAAAAGCUGCUGCUCAGGAAGUGCAUCCCUUCCUGGGGCAGCAGGAAGUUGAGAACCAGCCAGACUGGGCUAGCGAAGUUACCCAAGAAGUAGGCAAGGUUUCCCCCUGCAGAGUGACACAGACCACUACCCUUGGAAUAUUGCCAAACUCUCAUGUGCCCAGGCAGGGCAUAGGACCAUAGACCCCAGUAAACUAGUAUGAAAAAAUUCAGGACAAUUCCUAGAAUGUAAAUCAUCUGCUCUGAUGGUUGGAACUUGGCAAGAAUAGGGCAAAAAAUCAUGUUGGGUCAGAUCAUUGUUCUGCACAUUACAAUAUUUCUCAUGGCAUUGAUCCCAAGGGAAGUUGACCAAGCCCUGUGUAAAUUAGGACUUUUUAAAAGAAUGCCAGAGAUAUUGGUUCUUAACUGCAGUCAUACAGAUUUAAAUUCAGAUGUAUUUUUCCACUCAUCCCACAGCUUUGGUUUUGCCAGAUGGCUUUGGAAGUUGAUUUGUGGGCAGGGCACAGGCCUGAGGCCUUCCUCCCUGUUAAGGAGUCUUGAAGGAGUUAGCAUAAUCAAGACAGCGGUUAUAGGUGACAGACUCCUUAUAGGGGUAGUAGACUCCUUAGUCUGCACUUCCACCUAAUAUUGGUGCAGCCAGGGCCUUUGACCUCUAGAGUCUGGCUCUGGAGCCAAGUCAGCCAGGUGUGCUCAGAAAGACUGCCAAGUCUCUGCUCCCUCCAGGACUGCGCCUGCCUCUUUCCUUUGGAAGAUAUGUCUUCAUCUAAGAACGAGCCAAGCCAGUGCCCUCAGAUGAUUUUCCAUGCUCCUCCUCUCACCCUGCAAACUGCUGACUAGUUCUUCUACCUUGUCUGGCCCACCUCUUCAGUAGUAGAUAUAUUCGCGUUUGCACUUUUAUUCCUCUGGCUACUAUACUUUCUGUACCUGUGACCAAAAAUUGAACCAAAUAAUGCAAGUUUUUAAAAUACACUAAGGGUGUCUUCGUGGGACACCAAAGCAUCCCAAGGAACUGGUAGGGAAAUGGUGCCUGUCCUCUGGGGCGGAAGGGGCCUGGCUCUGUGAGUAUUGCCAGGCCUGGAAUAUUAGCUGAAGGCACAUUAUAACAUUAGCACUGACCUGCAGAGUGACCAGUGCUCACUGUGCAGGGGCAGAGUGAUCAUGUGGCUCCCAGUCAUUAGAUGUCUGUUGCCUUGGUUCUCCAAGCUGGAGGGUUAUUACCUACCAAUUCCUCAGGAUGUUUGGCACCUCUGGUCCAUCUUGGGCAUUAGAAUCUCUGGCAGAGAUGUGACUCAGCUGUUCCCCACCCCAUUACUGGGAGCACAGGGGCUCUCAAGAGAUUAGGAUCCCCAGUUGCCCCCAGGAUCUUACCUAGCAAACUUGUAAUAUUCAGUUUCUGCUGUAGGAAGAGAGCAAGAAGCAUCCCUGCGCUCCACAUGCCUGCUGGAAUUGAGCCGUGUCAGGCCCCACCCCGUUGCAUCCAAACACCCCUCUGAGUCACACAGGACAGUGGGCAGAGCUUCCACCCUGUGUUCACUUCACUUCUGUCUGAUCUUUGUUUUUAAUAAGCAAGACCCCUCCCUCCUUUCUUUUUAAUGAUUUUUGUAGUUGAUUUGUCUGAACUGUGGCUAUUGUGCAUUAUCUUUGAAUAAUCACUUGUAAAAA